AUGGCCUUUCAUGAUGAAGUCGAAAUCGAAGAUUUUGAAUUCGAUGAAGAAUCCGAAACGUACUACUGGCCGUGUCCAUGUGGAGAUCGAUUUCAGAUUACAAAAGAAGAACUUGAAAGUGGGGAAGAUGCUGCUCGGUGUCCUAGCUGUUCAUUGGUCGUCCGAAGCAUUCAUGGAAAAGACAUCGAAUUUGAAGCAGAAAACAUCGCCAGCGAUGGAAAAAACGACAUGAUCGAUUCAUUAAGCUCUUGUUUUCUAUCUUGUUACUUCUUUUUUUUCAAUCGUUGCACACAAAACGAUCUUCGCACUGCGUGUCAUUCACUUCCUACACGUGUCGUCGAACGAAAGGAAGGAAAAUGA